GGGAGCCGGUGGAGAGCCGGUGCUGAGGGGAAAGAGACGCUCUUCGGUAGCGACUACUAGAUGCGUUAGAGACCACGUCAGAGGGACUCGCCGAAACACCUCCGGGGACAGCGGAGAUACAGGAAAGAAACUAAAUGCAUCCGGAAUAAAGACUGACACGGUACAGGAGGCUUCAGGGACCGUUGGCAAUCCGUUACAGAGACACAGGGUUGGUUCUGGUUCCGAGACCGUGGGGAUAUUGCGUGCACUCCGAUGCGCGUUGAAGACUUUGGAGAUCCGAACUGAAGACCUCAGACACGUCCACUGGUCUGGUUGCUGAAGACUCCGUUAGAGACUAGGACUUAACUCAAGAUCUAGCUUUGGACCCGGUGAUGCCAGGUGGGGUCAGAGGCGCCCCCGUCGUCGUGUCAUGCCAAGAGGCGGUGGUAUCGGGAGGUCCGGAUGACGGCACAAGUGCGUUCAACACUCCAGGGCUUUCCGCUCGCUCCGUCCACUUCACCUGACUUUCCUUCUUUCCUCCUCUAUAUUCACCUACGAUUUCCCCAUCUCCCUCGUUCGGCUUUCUCUCUCCUUUCUGUGUCCCGCCUCUCUCCCCUUGUCCCUCCCUCCCUAUGGGAAAACUAAAGGGAGCCCACAGAGAAGAGGCUUCUUAACGGGACUAUCCGCCGCGAUUUGCCAAACACAGCCGGUCUGCAGCGUUUCCGGAAAGCUUACAGCCAGUAGCCGUGGUAAUUGUGUCCAUUACCAGAGACGUCAUGUGGAGCCAGUCAGGAUACUGCAAUCACUUCCCUCACCCCGGACAUCCCUUCUACCAUGCGCCCUCCUGCAGCCAUAACCAGAGGACCACGGCGUUCCGGCACCCUGUGACGGGACGCGUGUCUCAGGAGAACGUGGAUUUUAUCCUCGGAGAACAGCCAGGCGGACGCAUGUGCGACCCCCGGGGUCAGGCCGACCUGCGGCCCUCCAGCACCAUCAGCGAGGCGUCCACGGCUGUCACCUCCUCCACGGUGGACACCACCUCGGGGUCAAAGGGUUCCAAGUCCAGCGGCAGGGUGCACAGCUUCGGGAAGCGAGAGCAGUCCAUCAAGAGGAACCCCAAUGUCCCCGUGGUGGUCAGAGGGUGGCUCUACAAACAGGACAGCUCUGGCAUGAGGCUUUGGAAGAGGAAGUGGUUUGUGUUGGCUGACUACUGCCUGUUUUACUACAAAGACAGUAGGGAGGAGUCAAUCUUGGGUAGUAUUCCCCUGCCCAGCUAUGUCAUCUCAGCUGUGGAACCAGAAGACCACAUCAGCCGCAAGUACGCUUUCAAGGCCAGCCACACAGGCAUGCGCUCGUACAUUUACAACAGGACCUCUGUGAUUGGCUCGCAGGCGGAGCAUGGCGGCAUGCGGACCUACUUCUUCAGCGCCGACACGCAGGAGGACAUGAAUGGAUGGGUGAAGGCCAUGAACCAGGCAGCACAGAUGCAGAACAACACUGCCGGCCUCAAGAGACCGUCGGAAACCUCUGAGAAAUCCGAUCGGACUGACGCGUCGGAACGCUGUGCAGUUCCUCAAACCAACCACGUCAACAGCUACGUGAAGACUGCCCCGGAACUCCCAGCAGACCUCCACCUCCACAGCGACGCGGUGGUCCUAAAGCAGGCGUCCGUCAGCCGAGAAGCCGAAGAACACUAUAGUUUCCGGAACGCCACUCCCAAUCUCGUCACUUCCGAGAUUCCCUCUGUCAGCUGUGGCAGUGCAGAAAUUGAAACGGAAGCCGUCCCGUCUGGCAGCCACCCCUCCUUCCCCGCCCUUCUGCCAGACUCCGCCUCCGCGCCUACAUCCGCAGCCCCCUCCAGGGCGCCAUCACGGGCCCCAUCGCGCGCCGCCUCCACCCUGCCUGCCGGGGCCUGUCUGAGGAACGGGACUCCCACCCUGGAGCCAAACGGGUUGGGGACAGGGACGUACCAGUUGGCCCCCCAGGAAGGGGACCCGCACAGGCAGGUGCAGAGGAGGAGUGCCCUGGAGCAGGUGGAACACUGGGUCAAGGUGCAGAAAGCAGAGCACAAAGGAGCCCCCUCGAGAGGGAGCACCCUCCCCCGCCACACCCCUGUGACCCAGUCCAACCUCCUCGGCCUGGAGGCCUAUCAGACGCUGGCGAAGACCUUGUACCACAGCCCCCCCACCACCGCGCGCCACGGGGAGUAUAAGUACGCCCAGGACCGCCUGAGCCACUUUCGACUGGGACCCCCUGACUCUCAGGGCACCGGUAUCAGGGACGGGGCUGGCGUCGGCGGGCCCGGCCCCGUGUGGCAGCUGUACGAGUGGCAGCAGCGGCAUCAGUUCCGGCACGGCAGCCCCACCGCCCCGCUCUACACCCCCGCCCCAGACUACCCCUUCGGUCCCCGGCAGCCCCCCGCCGUCCCCCCCUCUGCGCCACGGCCCGGUUCCGAAGCGCCGCGCUGUGUGUCGGUGCCCCCCGACCCCUCUGACAUCCCCCCUCCGGGGUCCAGGGCCCUUUCCCCAUCCCGGAGGCCCCACACCCCUGCCAACCGAGUGGCGGUGAAGCCCCUGGAUCAGAGGCCCCUGCUGGACAUGGUGGCUGGGACCCCACGGAGAGCCAAGUCACAGCUGCUCAAGGCUGCUACCAUUGAAAGACGGUCAAUGCCUGCCGCCGGCUACAUCACACACACCGUCAGCGCGCCCAGCCUUCAUGGGAAAACGCCAGAGGAGCUGACCCUGCUGCUCAUUCAGCUCCGGAGGCACCAGGCCAACAUGGCGGCCGCUCGCCACCACACGCUGAGGCAGCUGCAGCACUUCAACUACAGCCCCUCUGGCCCCCACCUCCUCGGCUUCGACAACGACCCCCUCUUCUCCUCCGGCCCUUCUUCUCUGAGGCCCUUACUAGGCCCCCCAGGCCCCGUAGGUUCUGGAGACAGCAGCCAGGUUGACGACACGUACAUGCAGCUGAAGAAAGACCUGGAGUAUCUAGACUUAAAGAUCAAACGUUUAGAGCCGUUGAUCCUCAUGGCUCACCAUGUGCUACUGCAGUGCUCUGCCAGGCCCCUCGGGCCCCUGUGGAACGUGGAUGGAAGCCAGGCGUUGAAGGAAGCACCGAAGCCCGUCAAAGUAGCCGAGAGCGACGUCGACGUGAAACUCAGUCGGCUAUGUGAGCAGGACAAGACGCUGAAGGAACUGGAGGUCCGGAUCAGCUCGUUGAAGGACGAUAAGGACAAGCUGGAGUCGGUGCUGGCCGUGUCCCACCAACAGAUGGAGCUGUACCGGGACCAGCCGGCCCACCUGGAGAAGAUAGGCUACCAGCAGAGGCUCCUGCAGGAGGACGUGGUGCACAUCAGGGCUGAGAUCUCCAGUGUGUGCACGGAGAUGACCCGGGCCUGGGAGGAGUACGGCAGACUGGAGAGCUCCGUGGACCAGCUGAGAACAGUCCUGCAGUCCCACAUGAACCACAGCGCCACCCCACAGCAGGAGAAGACUGAGAUAAAGCAUGAGUUGUGGAGGAUUGAGGAUGUGAUGGCUGGACUGAGCUCCAGCAAAGCCAACUACAAGAUCACCAUCGACUCAUUGCAGAACCCAGAGAGGAAACUAGUGCCUUCAGUGUCGGACCCCUCGAUGCCUUCCCAGAGUGCCACGCUGCCCUUAGGGGAGGUCAGGCCCCCUCCACGCAGCUCCCACACGCUGCCUCACAGCACCGUGCCAAAGUGGGCAGAAGACGAUGCCCCUCCCAGACCGCCCCUGCCCCUCCUUUACGACUAUGAGGACCCGCCCCCCACCAUCCCACCCCUCCCUAAAGAGGCAUCGGCAGUCGUAAGACACAUGUCGGUCCGGGGUCUGAAACGCCAGUCAGAUGAGAGGAAGAGAGACCGAGAGAGUGUAGGGUCUAUCAACGGUGACUGUAAGGUGGAGCUGCGGUCCUAUCUAAGUGAACCAGAGCUGCCAGGGAUGGGCUGGAGUAGCACCGGGACUCAGCUGGAUUACCAGAAAAAAGGCCAGUCGGGUUCAUCGUUGAGGCUCAACCAGUCCAGUAACAUCUCCUCCUACGUGACCCUGAGGAGAGGGGCGGGCUCAUCAGGCAGGGAGAGACCUAAGAGUGCUUUGGAGCAACUGUACUCGGAGCAGCAGCCCCAGCCCCUGGCCCAGGCCCCGCGGGGACGCAUGACCGCCGAGGAGCAGCUGGAACGCAUGAAGAGGCACCAGAGGGCUCUGGUGCGCGAGCGCAAGAGGAACCUCAGCCAGGGGGAACGCCAUUCCACCACACCCCCUGGCCUGCGUUCCUCCUCCUGCAAGCCGCUGUCCUCCACUGACCCGGUCUCAAGGAGGCGAGAACAGCAGCACUUUGAUUUGCAGCAGAAAGCUCAGGAGGAGCGACAGAGUGCCGAGGGCCAGAGUAAUGAGGGCCAAAGCGAGAUGAAGGACAGGAAAAGGAUCCAUUCAGAUGAGUGGCUUACAGUGAUGGCCACUCCUAUGAUGAUUAUGCACACAAAGGAGACGGACCUGGAGCCCCUUGACUACAACCUGGACCUUAGUCGUGAGCUGUCAAAGCCCCAGAAGGUACCUAUCCCAGAGCGCUAUGUGGAGUCUGACCCAGAGGAACCUCUGAGCCAAGAGGAGAUAGAGGAGCGUCAACGCAGAGCAGAACGCAUCAAAAACCUCCUGGCAAAAUCCAACAGUGCUCAGAACAUACAGCCGUCGUCUGGUACGUCUGAGCCACUGGACUUCACUGAUCUGGACAUAGCCAUGCAGCAGCAGAAGAGGAUCAUGACUGUGUCCCACGCCCUGGCCUCUGAAGCCUCCAUCAUGAGCAAGCAGUUCACAGCCAAAGCUCAGCUUAGCGCUGACUGAACAUCAACUCCGACAACAAGACACCAGGAUAAUAAGUGUCGACGGACAGAACUGAACUAACCCUAUUCAGCGGUCAAUGCCGGAGUGAUUUGUUUGACAAUGUUCUAUUGAGGCUAAAACAAGAUGCAUAUUUUUUUUAAUAACCAAAAUAUCUGAAAUCUAAAAAGAGCAUUUAUAAUAACUUGGUGUGUACCUAAUGUUAAGAUUGAAUUUUAAUUGUUUUUCUACAAGCUUUUGCACUUUUUAUGUAACGUGUGUAAUUAACACUACUAGUUUUUGCAAUAUAGAACCAAUUAGCAGUGUUUUUGCAGUGUGGUCUACUGUAUAAUAUACCAGAAAUUAAGUUCAUAGCAAAUAUUUUAUAAUAUGAACGUUGCAGGGUGAAAUGUCAAUUAAUUCUAUAUCAACUUAGUUUGAGUAAUAAAAAUAUUUCUGCAAAUUGUAGUUUUUGUAGCUCAGCACUGCCAUCUAAUGCUUUUGCCCAUCAACUAUUUGAAAAACAAAAUCUGUGCUCUUUCACUAUUUUUGUGUGUGAAAUUCCUCAUACUCUACAUAUGGAUUCAAUUUCAUUAACUGGAACAGUAAAUGUGAUAAUUGAAUUAAUCAGAA